UUGGCAAUCUUUUCCAAAGUCUCAUACUCAAUACUCCUCAUACUACAACUUCCUAUCAUUCUUCUUUUAUCUUUCUAUUCAACUUCCCUCUCUCGUUAACCUUCGCUACCUCAGUUCUCAUUAUCUAUGUUUUUAUCUCCAAACUAUCUAUAAUCUACCUCACUCGAUUUUCUUUCCGGAAUCACAAGUACAGACACAUACAAACACGUUCCAUUAGUUCUCUGAUAUGAAGAAGCUUUGUCCCAAUCUUGAUCGCGAGGAUGGGCUCGAAACCGUUCUUGAAGUCCCUAUUCCGGAGGAGACUCUCACCCACAAGAGUGGAACCACCAAAGCUUGGCACAACAUGAAGAACUGGAUGAAGCCCCACGCUGAGUCCAGAUCAAACUCGACGUCCAUGGCAGCAGUUUUUGGAGGGAAAAACACAGAGAUUCAGCUUUUGUUGGGUGUUGUUGGAGCGCCAUUAAUCCCUUCACCCAUCGCCUCUGACAACCAACCCAUCACUCGCAGCAUUAAAGACCAACACAUUGAGGUUUCGAUGGCUAAAUACAUAGUGAAGCAGUAUGUGGCGGCGGUGGGAGGAGAACGUGCUUUGAAUUGUGUGGACAGCAUGUAUGCGAUGGGGCAGGUGAAGAUGGCAACAACAGAGUUUUCUGCUGGAGAAGGUAAUGUGAACAGUAAGAAGGCGAUGAAAGUGAAGAAUUUGCAGAUGAAGGGAGAGAUGGGGGGGUUCGUGGUUUGGCAGAAGAGGCCAGAGUUGUGGUGCUUAGAGCUUGUGGUUUCUGGGUACAAGAUCAGUGCAGGGAGUGAUGGUAAAGUGGCAUGGAGGCAAACCCCUUGGCACCAUUCUCAUGCUUCUCGUGGCCCACCAAGACCUCUUAGACGUUUCUUACAGGGUCUUGAUCCAAGGUCGACGGCUAAUUUGUUCGGCAACUCUAUCUGCAUUGGAGAGAAGACAGUGAACAACGAAGAUUGUUUCAUAUUGAAAGUGGAAAGCGAGACGUCGACACUGAGAGCAAGGAGCAACAGCAACGUAGAGAUAGUUCGGCACACGGUGUGGGGGUAUUUCAGCCAAAGAACAGGUUUAUUAGUUAAACUAGAAGACUCUCACUUACUAAAACUAAAGUCUCAUGAACACGAGAGCAUAUACUGGGAAACCAACAUGGAGUCUCUGUUACAAGACUACAGAAGCGUGGAUGGCAUUCAAAUAGCACACGGUGGCAAGACUUGGGUGUCCUUGUUCAGGUUUGGUGGGGGGCCCGAGACACAUUCCAGGACACUCAUGGAAGAGGUUUGGCAAGUUGAGGAAGUGGACUUUAACAUCAAAGGGUUGUCCAUAGACUGCUUUUUGCCUCCUAGUGAUUUGAAGAGAGAGGAAGAUAAUGAAGAGGAAGCAGAGUGUGGUGGUGGGGUGGUUGCAAGCAAUAAUGCCAAGUUACCCUACAAGAUUCGUUCGGCUUCUUUUAGGAUCAGUGCUUCAAAAGUAGCAGCUGUCAACUUGGAUGAUUCCUGUACCAGCGAGAGCGACGAAGAUUUGUAAAUCUUUGCGUUCCUUACAUAUUUUUUUUUGUAAAUACUGGGUACAUGUUCGAGUUUGUAGUUGAGCUGUGAAUCUGUGAUUUUAGUUUAAUCCUUCCUUCUAUUCUCACAGCAAACUACCUAGAAUAGAAGGAAACAAUUUUCAACACUCAAUACAAACUUCUACUUUUACCUUUU